GCUACACUGACGGCGUUGUUACACCUAGGAUCUGUUUACACUUAUUAGGAUCAGAAGCUUUUAGCAUCUUACGUCAUGUACUGGACGUUUGAUUCUCGGAAUCUAUCAAGAUGCCUAGAGAGCGCAGGAAACGUAUUUCAGCCCAUGAACCUUCCGCUAAGCUUGCCCGGCGACAAUUUGCAGUGCAAGAGAAUGCAGUAGAAGCGGUCGAAGUAGGUGCCGCGGUAGAGGUUUCAAAAUGUCCACAGCAGGCUACUGAGCCUCGUCACUCAAUAAAAAAGAAAGAGAAACAACAGCUCAAACACGAAGCUUUCAUUGAAAAACUGAAAUCUAAGACAUCCCCGUACUCGAAAGUGCAGAGACGCCGAUUCAAUAGACGACAACGAGAACAAGUCGGUGGCGGACUUGAUGACAUUGGCGCUGUUCUUUCAGCCAUUGAUACGGGUGACUCGCCGGAACAAGGCAGUCCAGUAGCUGAAGAGACAAAGGAUGCUCGCGCUCACAAAGUUCAACCGAAAACGCUUCAUGAUUGGAGAGGGCAAGGGAAUGCCGCUAAAGAAGAACCAGCGAAAACGUGCUUUAAACUUCGACACCCAUUGAUACUCUCAAAUCCACAGUACUCGUCUAACCCAUUUCAAACGAUCCGCACUCAUGCGCAGAAUACACUCGUGAAGCGUGCUGAUGUCCCAAAUGCGCAAUAAAUUCGAUGUACGAUAAUCUAAAUGUACGAGAGUCUACUGCUACUACAUUCAUGACUAUACCUGGUGUUCCGAGACUUGCACGGUGAUGAUGGAUGAUAUGCGACCAUCGGUGUAAUGCCAAUGUCCCCGAUUUUUGCCGUCCAGGUAGAUGUCGAGGAGCGACGUAUUUACUUAUUCACGAGGAAGUUAUCUAGCGCAUUGUUCGGGAAGUGUAUGGAUGAUAAGAGUUUGGAUGACUCGUGUGAGUGUGGUCGUUCGAACCCAUCUAUAUAUUAGCGCUCAUUUCAAUGAUAUGCAUACUUAGGAAGUA